UGCAACUUUGUUGCUCACAUCUAUAUUGAAGAUAAAUGCCAGUGUCUCCCAUUUUCACACACAUUGGCUUGACAUAUAACAAUCUCAAGAUUGAUAUUGUAAAAGAAGACAAAUUGUUCUUUUUGCUAAAUAAAGAUAUCAAAAGGUGUGUAAGUAAAUGCGUACAUUUUAUAUGUAUUUUAAGUGUGGCAAAGCCAUGCUUCGGCACGUAUGGGUCGGCUCGACCGGAGUGAUACCACGGCCUCACAGAAAACCGGCGUGAAACAACCACAGCGUUGUGUUUCGUCGUGUGAGUGAGGCUAUCGGAGGACCAAUCCUUCCCCUCCCCCAAUCCCUAAUCAUUGUGUAAAUCUCCAAAUCCCUAAUCCCUAAAAUGUCGGCAACGCACUCGUAACACCUACGUUGCGGGUGUCCAUGGGCGCGGCGCUGAUAAACUUACUAUCAGGUAAUCCGUCUGCUCGUUUGCCCAUCUAUUACAUAAAAAAAACUAUUCGGUUGCUUAUUUUAAUAUGAUAGUGUUUAACGGCUUACUAACGUAACAGUUUGACGAGGAACU